AUGUUGAUUCAGUGCUUGGCGGACGAGAUAGGCGCUCAGGGGCACAACGAGCGCUGGUGGGUGCGUUGGUCGACAGUAGACGACACAGAGGUUAAUGUAACGAUACUCGAAAGUGCUACAGCAAUCGGAGCAGUUUGUUUAGACGGUAGUCCACCGAGCUACGCUAUGGAUCAGGGCUCUGGCUCGGGAAGCAGUAGUUGGGUGAUUUUUAUCGAGGGAGGCGCAUGGUGUUCGGUUAUAGCCGAUUGUGCUACGAGAGCCGGAACUUUUCAAGGAAGCAGCCUGUACAGGGAUAAGUUCCGAUUUACAGGGAUACUUGACGUCAACUCAGCAGUGAAUCCGGAUUUUUACAAUUGGAACCGGGUUGCUCUUCUGUACUGCGACGGAUCGUCUUUCUUUGGAGAUGUUGAGUAUGUUGAUCCUCAAAACAAACUUUACUUUCGGGGCUCCAGAAUUUUCAAAGCUAUAAUCCAAGAGCUCGUCGCGAAAGGGAUGAAUUUUGCGGAUAAUAUUAUACUUUCUGGGGGCUCGGCCGGGGGCUUAGCGACAAUUCUCAACUGUGAUACCCUCCGUUUACUUGUACCCGACGCGAGAAAAAUUAAAUGUGUAUCCGACUCGGGUUUUUUCUUGCAAGCACCAAAUCUACCCGGGGCGACGCAAAGAGAAACUUAUUUCGAGCAUAUCGUUCAGCUACAUGGACUAGAAGAUUUUUUGCCUCAAUCCUGCAGGUCUAGUAUGAAUCCUGGUUUGUGCCUUUUUCCUGAAAAUAUUGUUGAAGAUAUUCAAACUCCUCUGUUUCUCAUUGAGUCGUCAUUUGAUGCAUUCCAAGUACAAAGCCAAUAUACACCAUAUGUUGGUGGUGGGGGAAGAGAAUGGUACAACUGCGUGACCGUGAGCCUAUCGUUAUGCAACUCGACUCAGCUGGAGAAAAUGCAGGAAUUUCACACGACGUUCAUACAAACACUCCAAAACUCGGUGCAUUCGCACUCCAGAGGAAUGUUUGUCCAUAACUGCUAUCGACACGACCAUAUUCUCGCAAAUGAUGGCUGGAAGUUUUCCGACAUCUUGGAAAAUAAAACAAUUGCAGAUGCAAUGAGGGAGUG